UGUCGCUGUGAUGACUGAGGGCGGUAUGACGCCGUCACAUGCGACCGUCGCCAAUCCGACUUAACUGCUUUGGUUCGCUGGCCUAGCAGACUGAUUGAGAGGCGGCCUACCCACCACCAAGGAGGUUACUAAAUCCAUCACAAGGCACAAGGCUGCUGGUUUGCCUGUCGUCACCGGCGCCGCACGUGCAGUCGCCAACAGCGAGCUGAUGCAUGCCCACCCCCGUCGGGUCGCCAAGGUACCCACGUCGGUUGGUGCUGCGCUGUUCGGGCUUCAUUUGGCGUCGGCAAAUCCCUGGUACUAACAUCGGCCCAGCAUCGCCAAGGUCCACGCCUCUCACCAACACCAACCCUCGCUCGUCUCCUGGGCUUCAGUCCCACCAUGCGGCCUCCUUUGUCCUUAGAGCCAUCGUCGCAGACACUGCCUGCACCACACCCACCCGCCGCAGCAACGGAGCGCGACCUCGCCUGGACCACCGCGAGGCCGCUGUCCCAGCACUGCUAACCUGGUGGCCGGUUGCUGCUCCUUCCGCCCUCCGCCCUCCGCCCUCCGCCACCGCCACCGCCCGUCCCUUGCCGCCGUCAUGUCCUUCUGGUUUUCCACCCCGCCAAACUCCAACCCGCGAUCACCGCCACAUAGCCACCACCCCCGAGACGACGAGGGCUCGGCCGCCCAGAGACAACCACCCGCUGACCCCCAUCGCGAUCCUCGCCACGCCACCCACAACGAUGCCACCACGCCGGCCACCGCCGCCUGGUCUCCCGCGCCCGGCUCGGCCCUGAGCGCCGCUUCGGUCGCUAGCGACCCAACGAAGCCACCCGAGAGGCCAUCAGAAAGGCAUUCCGACAGCUCCACCUCGGGCCGCAACCUCGGCGCCACCCCUCGUCGCCAUGUCGUCUUCCCCGACCCCGUGGCCUUCCGCUAUCUCGAGGAGGAGCCUGCGGUUUCUGUGGUCGAGAGGCGCGCCGUCCUCACCGGAUACGAGCUCUACCUCGUUGAGCAGUGGGCCUGCUCGCGACGGUCGCCAACGCUGGUCAUUGUCACCUACACGGGCGACCCCAAGCACUCUGUCGUCGUUGGCGUCAUGUCCAUCCCCGCCGACGAGAGGGACUGGUCUCCGCGUCUGCGCAUGUACUUCAGGGCUAUUCACGACUACCACGCCCGCCCCAAGGAGACGUCACUGGGCGAACUUAUGGUUACCAAUCUCAGCAGCUUCCCGUCCGCCCUUACUGUCAUCCCCGUGCCCGACGGCGACAUCAGGAAGCACCGCGAGGUUUUCAUCGUCAACGAGGACCUCAAGCGCAUGGGCUGCUCCGGCCGCUCCGGCAUGACGCUCUCGGAUCCCACAGCUGCCACGCAAGCCAAGUUUCUACAGCUAUACAAGACGAGUGACCGCAUCCCUUUCUUCCAGGCCGUGCUCGAACUCGUCAAGCUGUGUCAGGCCGCGCUGUUCAUCUUUGGAAAGAUCGAGCAGGAAUAUGUAGACGGCCUGCUGUGCGACGUCACCGAAACCGCCGUUAACAACUGGUGGACCGAAAUCGGCUCCGAAUACUUCAAUAUCGAGCCCUCGGACGGAAUCCUGGGCCCCACCACUGUCGCCGCCCUCCUGGGCACCCUCAUGGGCGCUCGCAAGCGCCUGAGCUGGUACGGCGCCCCUGUUGGCAAGGAUGUCUUUGAUAUUGAGAGCACCAAGCGCGGCAUCAACUACUUUCAAAAAUCCUUCAAGCUCGAGCGCACCCGCCGCCUCGACCGCCAGACCCUCCUCAAGCUACACAGCGUCACCGCCAAGGCCGCCACUGGCGAGGGCGGUUGGGGUGUUCAGCGCGCUGUGAAGUCCACGGUUGCCGAGAUCGGAGGCAAGAGAGGCGAGAUGGUCAUCGGUAUGGUCUCGGGUGGCCGCGACAAGGGCAACAUGGCCGAUAUCGAGACCUUGGACCUUGACCGAUUCAUCAGCCUCACACAUGGCGAGCGGGCCAAGUGGCUCUGGCACGGGAAGCCCAAGAGGCCCACGCAGGACCAUGCUGACCGCGAUAUGGGUAACGGCCUGUUUGGCGGGGGCAGAGACGACGCGUCCACGCCAACCACAGCAACACCGGGAGGGGCGCAGACCGGGAAACGCGUGCGUACGAUGCCUGCAGACGACGAGCUGACGUUGAGGACCAAGGAGGAGUCUGCCACGGCUGAAACGACGCAGUCGGCACCAGGCCCAAGCUCUGCUGGCGUCGCGACUGGUGGACCGGCCGAAAACAGCCCAAAUGAGAAGGAUGCGCUGAGGAAGACUGUUUUCAAGAGGGUGGGCGGCAAAGUUAGUGACGCGCGUUCCGGGCUCGGUCGUAUACGUGACGCCGUCGGUGGCAGCCGUCGCGGACAUCAGGCGCGGCCCUCGAGGGACGAAGCCGCCGACGCGGGGUAUACGAGCCCCAGCAUCGCGAGCUUGGCUCAGAGCGCCACCAGUCUUUCCAGCCCCGCCAUGGUGGGUCGUGCCUUUACAUGGAAGAACAAACCAGAAGAAUACUCCAGCGCCCUCCGCAACAGCCAGCAGCCGCCCAGUAACGCCGGGUCCGUCCCAGACUCGAGGCGCUCAGAGGAGCCGCAUGAAGAUGGUCCGGCGACCGGACCGGCAGCAGCGCCUCCACCGGAGCGGGAUGGCAACCAUGCAGGCGGUGUGCCGAUGAACGAGUCGUCUGUGGGCGGGUCAAUAGCCGGCGAAAGCGAAGUGUACCUAGUGGCACGCCAACAACACCUCGCGGCCUUUGCGCGCCCCGACGAAGCCCCUCCUUCGUGGCUCCAGCGACGUCACAGCUUGGCGCUCGCGAGCGUCUCGCUGGACGACCGGUCACUCAACGAUGCCCGCUGGCCCCGGAGGCUAUCCUUUAGCGUGGCGGAGGAUGUGGUGCUGCGGUGGGAGGAGAUCUUGGAGUUCUUGGAAGAGGCCCCAGCGGCAUCAGGCAGCGGGGAUGACGUCAGGACAGCAGUCCCGGCAGCGAACGGAGAAAAAAGACCGGCGUUGGUGGUUAGCAAGGGCGGUGCCGAGGCGGCGCGAGCACUGCUAGCCCAGGUGACAGCACUGCGACAGUCUACGGAGCCCUGGGCGGCGCGGCAGGUCGACUCUGUGGAAGCGCUAGACGGCGAGCUGGGGCGGCAGCGGGACGAACUAGGGGACCUCUAUGACCAGCUCCGGGAGGCGUACGAGCUGGUUAGCAGACAGUCGACAGAGCUCCUGACGGAAGAGCGGGCGCGGGCAACAGAGGCGGUUCGCGACGUGGAAGGACUGGCACAGCGGCUCGAGUACGAAGUCAACUCGCUCGCAUCCAAGGUGGCCGACGUCGAGGAUGGGGUGGGCGAGUUUGAGCGGCAGGUCGAGGCGGUCGAGGCGCGGGCAGACGAGCUCAAGAUCCAGCUCGAAACGGAAAGCUGGAUGCACUGGGCCGUCCGCACCGUCACGGGCAUCGGCACUGGUCCCAACAUACUCACCGUGGCCCAGGCGCGGGCGCAACGGCCGUCGCCCACCGACUAGGUCGUGUCGGUCCAUGUCAUUGGAAUAUUCUGGUCGGGCUCCAUGGUUUGGGUGAUUCUCGCAUUAGUUUCCUUUCUUGUCUUGCAUUCUGCAUUGGAUCAAAGCUGCAUAGGCAUGGGUUGAGUCGGGCUGCGAUGGAUACAAGUUGCUUUCUUGGAAAUCUCGCCAUGUCAUUGUUUUGGUUCUCUCUAUUUUUGUUUUGAUAAUUUAAUAUCGCCCAGCCACGGCUUGGUCCUCCUUUCUUAACCCGAGACUCUAGGUAUGCCGCCGGGCGUGUCGUGCUGCACUAGCUGGAAUCCUUCUGCAUCUUCAGCCUCAGCGGCACCAUAUCUGGAACUUUGCGCUAGCCCGAACGCGGC